AUGGGUACAGAGAAAUUUGUCAACUUUACCCAGAUCAUAAUGAGGCAAGACUAUCUUAGCAGUGAGGGCAUCCGGAUAUGGGACCAGAGUGGGGAAAUCGCAGGUUUAAGUUUAUCUAUUCAUGGGGCUGAAAAGCGCUUGCAAAUCCAUCAACGGCGAAGUGUGGCAAGCCGCCCAGGGUCACGGCGUCGCCUGCCUGUGGUCAGGCAUUCCUCACUCCCUCCAGGCAGAAGGUCAAUAAAAAUGGAGGCCAGCUCUUCUGGAAUCGCUAAUGGAAAAAACAAAGUUUUCCACGCAGAAGGUGGAGUGGAUUUACAAGGCCACCAGCUGGAUAUGCAAAUCCUGCCCGACUGCCCAAAGAGUGACGUGGACUUUUCAGAGAUUCUUAAUGCAAUACAAGAAAUGGCCAAGGAUGUCAAUAUUCUUUUUGAUGAAUUAGAGGCUGUCAACAGCCCUUGCAAAGAUGACGAUUCCCUCCUUCACCCCGGAAACCUGACCAGUACUUCAGAGGACGCCAGCAGACUGGAGGCAGGGGGAGAGACCGUGCGAGAACGAAGCAAAGCCAACGGACUUUACUUUAGAGACGGCAAGUGUCGAAUUGACUACAUUCUUGUGUACAGAAAAUCCAACCCUCAGACUGAAAAAAGAGAAGUAUUUGAGAGAAAUAUUAGAGCAGAAGGAUUGCAGAUGGAGAAAGAGUCCUCUCUAAUAAAUAGUGACAUUAUCUUUGUGAAGUUGCAUGCCCCAUGGGAAGUCCUUGGAAGAUAUGCAGAGCAAAUGAACGUAAGGAUGCCUUUCAGGAGAAAAAUCUAUUACCUGCCCCGCCGGUACAAGUUCAUGAGCAGGAUCGAUAAACAAAUAAGCAGGUUUCGGAGAUGGUUACCUAAGAAGCCAAUGAGGCUGGACAAGGAGACACUGCCAGACCUGGAGGAGAAUGACUGCUACACUGCCCCUUUCAGCCAGCAAAGGAUCCAUCACUUCAUCAUACACAACAAAGACACUUUCUUCAACAAUGCCACAAGAAGCAGAAUCGUGCAUCAUAUUUUACAGAGAAUAAAGUAUGAAGAGGGAAAAAACAAAAUCGGUCUGAACCGCUUGCUUACCAAUGGCUCCUAUGAAGCUGCCUUUCCCCUGCAUGAGGGAAGUUACAGAAGUAAAAACUCCAUUAAAACCCAUGGAGCAGUGAACCACCGACAUCUCCUCUAUGAGUGCUGGGCUUCCUGGGGCGUGUGGUAUAAAUACCAGCCUUUGGAUCUUGUAAGGCGGUAUUUUGGAGAGAAGAUUGGACUGUAUUUUGCCUGGCUGGGAUGGUACACAGGCAUGCUCUUCCCCGCGGCCUUCAUUGGGUUGUUUGUCUUCUUGUAUGGCGUCACCACUCUGGAUCACUGCCAAGUCAGUAAAGAAGUCUGCCAAGCGACAGAUAUCAUCAUGUGUCCUGUAUGCGACAAAUACUGUCCAUUCAUGAGGCUAUCAGACAGCUGUGUUUAUGCCAAGGUGACCCACCUUUUUGACAAUGGAGCUACUGUGUUCUUUGCCGUGUUCAUGGCCGUCUGGGCCACCGUUUUCCUGGAAUUUUGGAAAAGACGCCGAGCAGUGAUUGCUUACGACUGGGAUCUGAUAGACUGGGAGGAGGAGGAGGAAGAAAUACGCCCCCAGUUUGAAGCGAAGUAUUCCAAGAAAGAGCGGAUGAAUCCCAUUUCGGGCAAGCCAGAACCUUAUCAAGCAUUUACUGACAAAUGCAGCAGACUUAUCGUUUCUGCAUCAGGAAUAUUCUUCAUGAUCUGCGUGGUGAUCGCUGCCGUGUUCGGGAUCGUCAUUUACCGGGUGGUGACUGUCAGCACUUUCGCUGCCUUUAAGUGGGCGUUAAUCAGGAAUAACUCUCAGGUUGCAACCACAGGGACGGCAGUAUGCAUCAACUUUUGUAUCAUUAUGCUACUGAACGUGCUCUAUGAAAAAGUCGCCCUCCUUCUGACCAACCUAGAACAGCCUCGCACAGAGUCCGAGUGGGAGAACAGCUUUACCCUGAAAAUGUUUCUUUUUCAGUUUGUCAAUCUGAACAGCUCCACGUUUUACAUCGCAUUCUUCCUUGGAAGAUUUACAGGACACCCAGGUGCCUACUUGAGACUGAUAAACAGGUGGAGGCUAGAAGAGUGCCACCCCAGCGGAUGCCUUAUUGAUCUCUGUAUGCAAAUGGGUAUUAUAAUGGUGCUAAAGCAGACCUGGAAUAAUUUCAUGGAACUUGGCUACCCGUUAAUUCAGAAUUGGUGGACUAGAAGAAAAGUUCGACAAGAACAUGGGACUGAAAGGAAAAUAAAUUUCCCACAAUGGGAAAAGGAUUACAAUCUUCAGCCAAUGAAUGCCUAUGGACUCUUCGAUGAAUACCUGGAAAUGAUCCUUCAGUUCGGAUUCACAACCAUCUUUGUAGCAGCUUUUCCUCUUGCACCACUUCUGGCCUUACUGAAUAACAUCAUCGAAAUCCGACUUGAUGCUUACAAGUUUGUUACGCAGUGGAGAAGGCCUUUGGCUUCCAGGGCCAAAGACAUAGGAAUUUGGUAUGGAAUUCUCGAAGGCAUCGGAAUUCUCUCUGUUAUUACGAAUGCAUUUGUCAUAGCAAUAACAUCUGACUUUAUCCCUCGCUUGGUGUAUGCUUAUAAAUAUGGACCUUGUGCGGGCCAAGGAGAAGCCGGGCAAAAGUGCAUGGUUGGCUAUGUGAAUGCCAGCUUGUCUGUGUUCCGAAUUUCUGACUUUGAAAACCGGUCUGAGCCAGAGUCUGAUGGCAGUGAGUUCUCAGGAACUCCUCUGAAGUACUGCAGAUAUCGGGACUACCGGGACCCUCCUCAUUCACUGGCACCCUAUGGCUACACACUGCAGUUCUGGCAUGUCCUAGCAGCCCGGCUGGCUUUUAUCAUUGUGUUUGAGCACCUCGUGUUUUGUAUAAAGCACCUCAUUUCCUAUCUGAUACCGGACCUCCCGAAAGAUCUAAGGGACCGAAUGAGGAGAGAGAAGUACCUGAUCCAGGAGAUGAUGUAUGAGGCUGAGCUGGAGCGCCUCCAGAAAGAACGGAAAGAGAGGAAGAAGAAUGGAAAAGCACACCACAACGAGUGGCCAUGA